CAUGUCACCGGGACGUCUCCAUGGCGAUGUUUAGCAGCGCACAGUGGACCUGGAACGAAUCCGAUCGUUUCGGAUGGGACUCUGAAAGGAACGAGAGCUCCGAGGCAUCGGAGCAGGAUGAGCGUAACUACUACGCCAUGCUGUUCUCGCUGCUCAUCCUGGCCAUCGUGUUUGGAAACGUGCUGGUGUGUCUGGCUGUGCUGAGGGAGCGGUCCCUCCAGACGACCACCAACUACCUGGUGGUCAGCCUGGCCGUGGCUGACCUGCUGGUGGCCUCGCUGGUCAUGCCCUGGGCUGUGUACCUGGAGGUGGUCGGCGGUGCCUGGCUUUUCGGCCGGCUCUACUGCAACGUCUUUGUCACGCUAGACGUGAUGAUGUGCACCGCCAGCAUCCUCAACCUGUGUGCUAUCAGCAUUGACAGGUACACAGCAGUGGUGAUGCCCCUCUUUUACAACACCACCCAUUGUUCCAGGAAGAGAGUUUUUAUGAUGAUUGCCACCGUGUGGGUGCUGGCCUUCACUGUCUCCUGCCCACUGCUGUUUGGCUUCAACACCACAGAUGACCCCACGGUGUGCUCCAUCUCCAACCCAAACUUUGUGAUCUACUCCUCUGUGGUGUCCUUCUACCUGCCGUUUAUUGUCACUCUGCUGGUCUACAUCCGCAUCUACGUCUUCCUCAGGAUGAGAAGAAAGAGGAUCAUCUUCGGCCAGGCCAGCGGAAAGGUGCAGCCGUCUGUGGAGACCUGUCUGCAAGAAGGACCUCCUAAGGCAAAGCAAGACUUGUCACCUAUCAGGAUUAAAGUGACUGUAGAGCCUUCAGGUCCCUCCAAGCCCAACCUUUUGUCACGAUGCUUGUGGCGCAAAUGGCCAAAGACGGGACCGGCGGAGAACUCCAUGCUGCCCCCAGUGGACAUGCAGAACUGCUGCAGCAUAAGCCACGCCUCCUGCGGUCCCAGCAAGAUGGAUCUGGAGGAGCAGCAAGGGGAAGAGGAGGCAGAGGGCAACAACCAGAAUGAGCGGCCUUCUGUCAGAAUGGGCAGCGAGGUGAAGGAUCGCUCCAAUGGACGAACACACACGUCACUGCGGCCGAUGGCUCAUUCCAUCAAUACUCCACGAUUCAGGAGCAUGCACGCACGGGAGAAAAAAGCGACUCAGAUGCUGGCCAUUGUGCUUGGGGUGUUUCUCAUCUGCUGGCUGCCUUUCUUUGUGACUCACAUUAUGAACACCCACUGCAGGACAUGCUACGUGCCUCCUGGGCUUUACAGUGCUUUCACCUGGCUGGGUUAUGUCAACAGUGCCCUCAACCCUAUUAUCUACACCACCUUCAACAUUGAGUUCAGACGGGCCUUCAUCAAGAUCCUCAGCUGCUGAGGAAGACGAAGUGCGUCAGGACAAUUAAAAUGGAAAUUAGGCUGUGCACUCGAGCAUGGCGUAUACGGUAAACAGUGACGACAGAUUUACGCUGGUCAUGGUCCACAGAAGCAAAGAUGUCCCAGGAGUUACACAGCAGAAGCAAAGUGAAGCAUAAAAAACAACACACUGUGGUAUGCAAUAAAAAGGUUAUUAUUUCAAAACAGACUUGUUUUCUCAACAGGGCUGGGACUCCAUUUGAACCACAUUAUUCCUCAUAAGACCUACAUUGUACAUGUAUACAGUCUUGUUGAUAGCACAAUUUGUCCGACUUUAUUGUGAAAUAUCUUUUACAGUAUGUGUGCUGCUCUUUGGCAGAGGACUUUCCAAUCAAUGUACGCUCGGAAGCUCUUUGGAGCCAAGAUGAAGCUUUGAUGCCGAUUUAUUGAUUGUAGCGCUGUGGGUCAUUUUGUCCUGAGGCCCGCUGCACUGUGUGGCUUAACUGAUGAUUCUCACCUCACCCUUUCACCCCGUAUUCACUAUCAUCACCAUCGGUUACACUCCAGUGCAUUCACACAUAAAAUGUAAAAAUGCACUUGAAUUGAGCUGGAAGGAUCGUUUUGGUCUUGGUCAAGACUCACAUCAUUUUGGAGAUUGUCAUAUAUAUUGAUGUGGAAGCAUUGUGCUCAAUGUGGAUAGAAAUGUGAGAUGUUGAUGUCAAUCAAAGUGAAAACUGUUUCAGUGUUUUCUUAAAGGGACAGUCUCUUUAAUUGAGAGUUGCCUGCUGCCUAGCAGGAGCUUUGUGAUAUUAAUACAUCAAGCAGGAUUGUAAAUGGUCAUGUGGUCAGGACUGUAAUCAACAGAGCAUUUACUGCAGUGUGCUGUAAAUUAAAAAAAGAUGACAUUU